GACUUCAAACAUUCCAGACCAGUUUGGCGGGGAAUGAAACCUUCUGCAGAGCUGGACGAGUUAAUGCCGUCGUUCCUGGUUGCAAGCGUACACUUGGCAUUGGAAUAUACGCGACAUUCAUGAUCUUCAUCCCCUGAAGCUCAGCACCAAAUUACGGGCUUGAUCGAAUUCGACAAGCUCUUGCUUGCAUCGUGUUUUCUCAAACUAUGAACAUAAUAAUUUUGCCGCGCAAAAUUCUAGCGCGGCCCGCGACGUCGAUGAGAUUUGGAUACGAAUGAGCAAUCGGUCCUUGUAUGAUGUUCCCGAGCUCGAACCAGUUGGACGACAGUGAUAAUUCAAUUACGAUACCCUCUACAUCAUCGGAUUUCUUAAUUUCCAGCUUCUGCAGAGUGUCUCAGCCAGGUAUAUAGGAUUUUUUCGGAUAGAAUGGAGCUUCCCUCACCGCCGAAGCCUCCGGUGGAGCCUGCUCCGAUCAGACGGCUAGACGUUGCAGUGGUGAACAGAAUAGCUGCUGGUGAAGUCAUUCAACGACCCGCUUCAGCUUUGAAGGAACUUCUGGAGAAUAGCUUGGACGCAGGGGCGACAAAUAUCAAUGUUAUCGUGAAGGAUGGGGGACUGAAGCUCAUACAAAUUUCGGAUAAUGGGCAUGGGAUUCGUUACGAAGAUCUGCCAUUACUCUGCGAAAGACAUACAACAUCCAAACUUCGAGAUUAUGAUGAUCUUCAGAGUAUCAACACUCUCGGUUUUCGAGGAGAGGCUCUCGCUAGCAUGACUUUUGUUGCACAUUUGUCUGUUACAACAAUGACUGCCGGGAAAACUCACGGCUACAAGGUAUCGUAUAAAGAUGGUGUCAUGGAGGGUGAUCCACGGCCUUGUGCUGCAGUCAAGGGUACGCAAAUAUUGGUUGAGAAUCUUUUCUACAAUGUUGUCGCAAGGAAGAAGGCAUUCAAGAACCCAAGUGAAGAGUAUGGGCGUAUAGUGGAUGUGAUCAGUAGAUACGCUAUCCAUAGGACAGGAGCUAGUUUUUCUUGCAAAAAGCAUGGUGACAGCCGGGCAGAUGUGUACACAGUGGUGUCGUCGUCUCGCUUAGAUGCCAUAAGAUCUGUGUAUGGUCCAGGGGUGGCCCGUGACUUGAUUGCGGUAACAGCUUCAAGUGAUGACGAAACUAGUUCAACUUUUAAAAUGGAUGGCUUCAUUUCAUCUGCCAAUUAUAGUGCCAAAAAGACUGUCAUGGUCCUUUUUAUCAAUGACAGGCUUGUUGAAUGUGCGCCGUUGAAGAAGGCCAUUGAAGUGGUAUACACAACUAUAUUGCCGAAGGCAUCGAAACCUUUUCUCUAUGUAUCAAUAAUAAUCCCACCAGCACAUGUGGAUGUUAAUGUCCACCCUACGAAAAGAGAGGUCAGUUUCCUCAAUCAAGAAAAUCUGGUGGACACCAUUCAAAGAGUUGUAGAGGCCAAACUAUUGGAUUCCAAUAACUCAAGGACAUUCUAUACCCAGACUUUAAUUCCAGGAGCGUCGACCACAGUUGCUAAAGAGAAAGAAGCCACACCUACACCUUCAAUUCCUCGUAACUAUCAAAAGGCGCCAGUCAACAAGUUAGUUAGAACGGAUGCACUUCAACCAGCAGGGCAGCUUCACUCUUUCCUUCAAAAGAAGACUUCUGGACCUUCAAACGCCGAGAAUGAUCUCGCAGUAACGAGAAAAGUUGUCAGGCAAAGGCGAAAUCCAAGAGAAAGUGCAGACUUAACCAGUAUUCAAGAACUUCUAGCUUCAGUUGAUCAAGAAACUCAUUCAGGAUUACUGGAGAUCGUGAAAAAUUGUAUUUAUGUGGGGAUGGCUGAUGACAACAUGGCUUUGGUUCAGUACAAAACCUACCUCUACCUGAUUAACGUUUAUGCAUUCAGCAAAGAGCUUAUGUACCAACAAGUGUUGCGACGAUUUGCGCACUUCCUUCCUAUGCAGCUUAGUAGUCUUGCACCCCUUCAAGAGUUGUUUAUGGUGGCUCUUGAUCGAGAGGAGGUGGAAGGCCGGUGGCAUGAAAGCGAUGGCCCUAAGGCUCAGAUUGCAAAGUUGAAUUCAGAACUACUGCAGUGCAAAGCUGAAAUGAUCAAAGAGUACUUCUCGCUGGAGAUUGAUGAUGGAGGACACCUACGAACGUUGCCUGUGAUCCUUGACCAGUACUUUCCUGAUAUGGAGCGGCUUCCCAGCUUUGUGCUGAAUCUAGGAAAUAAUGUUGACUGGGAGACGGAAAAAGAAUGCUUCGAAUCAUUCUCUGCUGCGCUUGCCGAGUUUUACGCAGUACACACACCUUCACUUCCAAAUCCCUCGGGAGAUGGAAUAAUCCUAUACCAGCGUUUAAAGAAUAAGCUGGCCAACACCAACGAUAAAUCAACGGAAACAGACAACCUUAUGGAAAGGAAUGAAGAUGUAAACUCAAAAGAUACAGAGUCAGAAGACCUCUUAUCCGAGGCUCAAACAAUUUGGGCCCAGCGAGAGUGGACUGUCCAACAUGUGUUAUUCCCUGCAAUGAAGCUAUUUCUCAAACCUCCAAGGCACAUGGCUAAAGAUGGUUCUGCUAUUCAGGUAGCAUGUUUGGAAAAUCUUUACAAGAUUUUUGAGCGAUGCUAGUAAACUUUGUUUGAGUUGGUUAAUCUAUGAUUGCCAUCAUAGUUUACUUAGUCCACGCUCAGCUAACGGUGGAUUCUAAACUGCGUAUAAUGUCCCAUUUUCUGCACCAAAAGUCAAUUGUAAGGAACUUGGUCAGAUUCUCAUGCUGGAAAUUUUCGAGAAAACCAUCGCUAGUCUCUCUCUAUACACAUCAUUCGAUGGCUAUUUUACGUUUAUGAUACUUUCAUACAUGCACUCAUGUUUUCAUGUCAUGAUCAAGAGUAAAUGAGAAGCUUAUUAUCGGGGAGUGAAAAGUUCUCAUCCGGAUAUUUGCAGUCAUUAAUUUCAGAUAUCUCAAGCUGAAAUUGCUGGACGAAAGCAUCACUAGUCUUACAAACAUCAGUAUAUGUACAUGUUACGUAUGCGGGUACUUUGGAUAGGUGCACUAUGGUUUCCAUGUUUCUUAUCUGUUUCUUAUUCCGUAUCUGCCAGAAGUUUCUCAAAACCCCAGAGUGUCAAUGCUGGGAAAUGUAUCCCAGCAUUGCUUUUCCCGGGGUUCGAGAAAGUUCUGGCAGAUAGGGAAUAAAUAGCAGCUCCUUAAUGUCGUGUGUGGAGUUGUGAGAAGAGCUGGCUAAUGAAUACGCACAAAAGAGGGUAUAGAAACUAGUGAACAAGCAGAAGACUCGCCUUCGAUUGUUUAAUAAAUGUUCAAAUUAUUCUU